AUGGCGGCUUCGAAGAGUGAAACGUCUUUACUCUUCUUCCAGAAAGACUUGGUUUUGCGAUGCAAGACCGGCCCAUACCUCAUCAAAGAAAUCAUUGGCGAGGGCGGUUUUGGAAAAGUGGCCGAGUGCAAACAUCUGCACACAAACGAGCAUCUGGCGGUUAAAAUCGUGAAAAAAGACGCUUCCAAAAUUGGGAAAAAGGAGGCGGAAACGUUGAGUCGAAUCCGAAAACUUGACCCUGACAAGCACAACCUCCUGACGUUCUACGAGUGUUUCAAGUACAAGGGCCACGUUUGUCUUUCCUUUGAAAUGCUGGACACGAAUUUAGACACCUGGAUUUAUGACAAAAAAUACCGGGCGCCGUUUAUUUAUCAGAUCAGAUUCAUUGCUCGACAGUUGCUGGUGGCUUUGAGCGCGCUGAAAAAAUGGGAUAUUGUGCACACUGACAUCAAGCCAGACAACAUAAUGCUGGUAGACCACAGACUGCAGCCGUUUAAAGUCAAGCUUAUUGACUUUGGUCAAGCGAUGAAGCACGCUCAGUUGGACCGGUAUGACAUGUUGCAGAUCAUCGGUUAUAGGGCCCCGGAGGUUUUUGUGGACUUCCACAGGGAUGAAAGUAUGGACAUGUGGGGGCUGGGUUGCAUCUUGGCCUUUUUAUUUCUUGAAUGUGAUCUGUUUCCGACCUACUGCGAGUACGAGUCCCUGAGUGCCAUGGUAAAAUUGCUAGGUUAUCCUAAAGCCAAUGCGCUGGACGCGGGGAGAAAGACAAAAAAGUAUUUUAAAAGGACUCAGGAUGGCCCGCAUUUGAGGUGGAGGCUGAAAACGGCAGCCGAAUAUAAAGCAGACACAGGCAAACAUGUAAGUGAGUACAUAAAGCACGACCAGUUAGAAACUCUGGAAGAGAUGGAAGAGUACAAGGAACCUGAAGACCCCACUGAUUCUGCGGAAACGGAGGCAUUCAUAAGCCUCCUCAGAGACAUGCUGAAGUUGGAUCACAGAGAAAGAAUCACCCCCGAUGAAGCGCUCAGUCGCUACUUUGAUGAAAAUCUUCCAAAGGACAAGAAAGAGCCUCUGAGACUCAGACCUGUUGUCAAAUGGCAGGAGAACUCGGAAGGGAAGGUCACUGUAAAACCCGCCGUAGUUGUACCUGGGAAAAGAGCCACUUUCAACAUCGUCUCGCGCAGAGAGAGGCAAAAAUCAACGCACUCCAGGAAUCAGGAGUCAGACAACCCAUCUGACUUUGGAAAUGAAAUUAGUAAUGCCAGUGUAGGAACCAUUAUUGUCUCACUCCCGGCAUAUGAAGAAACGGUUGCGCCCGAUUGCAAACAAACGGCUCCUGUCGGCUCAAAACAAGACGCCAGCGACUGCCCGGGUGACAAGACGGUUUCAGACAAACCAGUGUCAGAAACUGUAAAUGAUGCUACGCCUGUAGGAAAUAACAGGGAGCUUCCAGAUAUAUCCAAGUCCUCAGAUACAUCCAGCUCAUCUGAAGCUACUCUCAGUGGAGACCAAGGAAGCUCACUGUUUGUUGAAGUGAAAACCAGAAAAAAAUAUUGGAAGAGGAUCAAAAUAUUCUUCUCCAGAAUUUUCAGCUGUUGCAGCCAAAGUUAA